AUGCAGAGCCAAAACAUCAAAUGUCUUAAUCCAACCCCAUUCUUUAUAGCCAUUUUAAGCAUUUAUCUUCGUUUUCUUAGCUAAAAACUCUCUCGAGUGAAUGAUGGCAACUUUAGCUUCUCUGCAGACUUCUUUUGCCGCCAAGAUGUCUGCAGUUCCAGCUCUAGGCUGUAGCUUAUAUCUUCCAGCAAGACCUGCUGCAUCGUGGAACUGUACCCAGAAGAACAACAAGAAGAGAUCUUUGACGGUGGUUGCAGCAUUUGGAGAAGUAUCAGCUGAUGGCACAAAUUAUUUAAUUGCGGGUGCAGCUGCUGUCGCCCUUAUUGGGACUGCCUUUCCCAUCCUUUUCUCCCGCAAGGACCUGUGUCCUGAGUGUGACGGAGCGGGUUUCAUCAGGAAGUCAGGGGGGGGUGCAUUGAGGGCAAAUGCUGCUCGGAAAGACCAGGCUCAGAUUGUCUGUCCUAAUUGCAAUGGUCUUGGCAAGCUCAACCAAGUUGAUAAAUAAGUCUCACUGUUGUUUACCUUAGUGGUUGUUUGGUAGGGUGUGAUUGAAUGUAAUCAAACAAAUUGAACUUUGAACUUUUGUUGCGUUUCAUUACGUUCAAUUUCUUAUCCUGCCAAACACCCUUAUUAUUCUGUAAUUUAGGAAGUCCUACUUCCCUGCCAAUUUGUAAUGUUAUCAGAAAGCUCCCUGUCUGUCUCACCCUAUUUGUAGCAUAUGUUUUGCUGUACAUGUUUUUAUAUGAAUACAAGCCUGUGCCAGUUGUCUCGA